AUGGACGAUGCGCCUGGCAAUCAAGAUCGGGCGGAUUUGAUGAAUUUCAGCGAAAUCCCGGUUUUCGAGCUGCGCAAGGAGAAUUUCGAAAAGAUUCUGCCCUACCUGUUGGUAUGUAUCAAGGAGGCGGAUCUGGUGGCUUUGGAUUUGGAAAUGAGUGGUUUGGGUCCUCAUGGGACAAGGUCGAAGGAUACUGAACAACGAUAUGCUGCUUUUCGCGAAUCCGCUGCGACACGCGGGAUUUUGUCUUUGGGAAUUGCAACCUUCAAAAAUACGGAAGCCGACGAGGAAGGAAAAGUCCUGAAAUAUCAAUCACACGUCUUCAACAUCCUCACCUACCCAAACACUCCGUUUACCAUCGAACCGGGCGCUAUGGAAUUUCUAGUGCGCCACGGCUUCGAUUUUAAUAAAGUCGUCGGACAAGGCGUUAUGUAUCACCCUCAAAAGUUUGAUAAGGAUUGCCCGUUGCGCAGGAUCUUUACGACCAUAUUGUUAGCUCGUAAACCGGUGGCGCUGCAUAACGGGUGGCUGGACAUGUGCUUCCUUUACCAACAGCUGUACACGCCACUCCCCGAAAAGUUGAAGGACUUCCUGGCCGCGCUUUCCGAGCUUUUCCCUCCCGAAUCGGCGCUGAUUGAUUCGAAAUAUUUGGCGGAAUAUACCACCCGGAUGAAGGGAUCGUUUUUGGAAUACGUUUUUCGGCGCUGUCAACGCGAUAAUGUUUAUGAAGCGUUCAAAAAUCGUGCUUGUAUCGAGGUGCAUUUCCCGGAAGUUGCGAAGCUGAUGAGAGCGAUGCGAAAGUCGCUAGAGACCACAAACUGUGCGCUGCCCCAGGACUUUCCGGACCAUGUAAUCCCGGUGGAUCUGAAGACCCACGUGUGCCAACAAUAUGUGCAACACGGAUUCUGCCGUACCAAGGGCUGCACGAAGCUACACGACGUGGAUUUUGCACUUGAUAUUGAAACGAUGGCGGCGAUGAAGGGGCGAAAGAGGAGGAUCAAGAGGUAUGAGCACAUCACCUCAUCCGUAAAGACAAGCGUGGAGGACGAGGACAAGGCCGAAGUGUCUGUGGUUUCUUGUACGGUAAUCCUGGCGAACGCGGCUCCACCGGCGAAGCGAACCGCCACAGUUGCUGAAGUGACCGAAAGGAAGCCGCGAAUUGCCGUUCAUGGAUCUCACCGGGCUGGCGUCGACGCUUUCAUGACAGGAUUCUCCGUGCUCUUCCAGGACAGAAUGUCCCUUUUGCGGACCCGGAAGUUCAACCCGGAGAACCUAUCCAUGUUCCCGCUAUCCGGAAAACCUUUCCCAUUGAAGGUGCUCAAGGAAAACCAGGCCGAGCUUCCCGAUGACCAUGUGAUCCGCUUCAAACACAUCCAAAAGGAUCGUGUUGCGCUCGAUGAGGUCCCGUCGAAUUCGAUGGCCAUGGAAGAA